AAUUUGCGUAGUUCGAGCAGAAAACAGACUCGAUAACAUGUUGAGGCAAGUAGUACUGUGUGCCAUAGUAUCGGGCGUAUUAUGCGCACCGAAACCCGGAUACUUCCACGGAGGUUUGGCGGUACCGGCGGCUACAAGUUAUAGUUCGAGGAUCGAUAUUCACGAACCCGCUUUGGUGAAGACGUACGCGGAAGCGCCGGUGAUCACCAAGGCGGUCGUCGCCGCCCCCAUAGUGAACACCGUGAUCCCUUCUGUUGGGUACCACGAACCUUUGGUCGCCGGAUACGGGUACGGGAUCGGACACGGCUUGGACUACGGCUACGGACACGAAUUGGGCUACGGCCACGGCUUGGGAGGACACGGAUAUAGCUACGGCGGGUUGGGAUAUGGAUAUGGCCACCACUACUAGACCAACCGCAGCUGUUAGUAUAAUUUUCGAUGUACAUAUCGUUGUAACAUAUCGACCUCCCGCGAUUUCUUUCGUAAAAUAGAUUUUGAU